AUGUCCCUCAGAGUCCUCGUCGUCGGCAACGGCGGUCGAGAACACGCCCUUGCCUGGCGGCUAUCGCGUUCCAGUCUCGUCCAACAAAUUUUUGUUUGUCCUGGCAACGGUGGGACUUUGCGCGAGCUCAAGACAAGAAAUGUCGAUCUACCCGCGUCCGAUUUUGCUGCACUUGUCGAUUUUGCUGUGAAAAAUGAGGUAUCUCUGGUUGUCCCUGGGCCAGAGCAGCCCUUGGUGGAUGGGAUAGAAGCCCACUUCCGCAAAGUCGGAAUCCCUGUCUUUGGACCUACUGCUGUCGCCGCACAAAUGGAAGGAUCUAAGGCUUUCUCGAAAGCUUUUAUGGAUCGCCACUCUAUCCCUACUGCAAAAUUCCGAGUGUUCUACUCAACAGAGUUUGAUCAAGCUGUCGAUUAUGUCAAGUCUUGCGGCUUUCCCGUCGUCUUAAAAGCCAGCGGUCUGGCUGCUGGAAAAGGCGUCCUAUUACCAGCGACCAUCGACGAUGCGAUCACUGGUCUGCGAGAGAUCAUGCUGGAUCAUGCAUUCGGAGCAGCAGGUAGCGAAGUUGUGAUUGAGGAGCUCUUGGAGGGGCCAGAAGUAUCCGUGCUAGCAUUUUCUGACGGGUACACCAUUGUACCACUUCCCGCUGCACAAGACCACAAACGUAUCGGAGAGGGCGAUACAGGGCCGAAUACGGGUGGUAUGGGUGCUUAUGCUCCUGCUCCCGUUGCUACCCCGGCUGUGAUGGAUCGAAUCAUGAGAGAGGUCCUGCAGCCCACAAUAUCCGGCAUGAGAAAAGAAGGGUUUCCCUUCGUUGGAAUGCUGUUCACAGGUCUGAUGCUCACAGCAUCGGGCCCCAAGGUGCUCGAGUAUAAUGUUCGCUUUGGCGAUCCGGAGACAGAAGCUUUGAUGCUUCUGCUUACGGAUGACACCGACCUGGCAGCCAUUUUGCUCGCAUGCGUGGAGCGGCGGUUAGAUGCUAUCAAUGUCGGAAUCCGUCCUGGGUUCGGGGUCUCUGUUGUACUAGCGUCGCAAGGCUAUCCCGGAAGCUAUCCAAAAGGCAAGCAGAUCAGUACAGGUGAUCUCCCUCCCGGCGUGGUCGCUUUCCAUGCGGGCACGACCCAGAAAGGCGACCAGAUUGUCACGUCCGGUGGUCGUGUGAUCGCGGUAUCAGCGUAUGCGCCGACGCUGGCUGAAGCGCUGGUCUUGGCUUAUGCCGGCGUCGAGAAAGUGUCAUUCGACGGAAAGACGUUCCGAACUGAUAUCGCGCACCGUGCGACCUCCGCAAGCGCGUCGAGCGCACCCGGGUUGACAUACGCACAAGCGGGAGUCUCUGUGGAUGCAGGUAAUUCGCUUGUCGAGGCGAUCAAGCCCGCCGUCCGUGCGACUCGUCGUCCUGGUGCAGAUGCUGAGAUCGGCGGCUUUGGUGGGGUGUUCGAUCUCAAAGCCGUAGGAUAUAAGGACCCCGUACUGGUGAGCGGAACCGACGGUGUCGGCACUAAACUGCGUGUCGCUAUGGAUGUUGGUGUACACAAGUUCGUCGGCUACGACUUGGUUGCCAUGUCUGUUAACGAUCUUUUGGUACAAGGCGCCGAGCCACUGUACUUCUUAGACUACUACGCCUGCAGCAAGCUUGACGUGCAAGUGGCAACCGAGGUGAUCAGCGGUAUCGCUAGAGGCUGUCAAGAAGCCGGAUGUGCUCUGAUAGGUGGUGAGACGGCUGAGAUGCCCGGGAUGUACCAAGAAGGCGAUUAUGACUUGGCUGGAUUCUCUGUGGGCGUUGUGGAGCGAAGCCUGAUUCUGCCGCGACCCGACAUCGCCGCCGGAGAUGUUCUUCUGGGUAUUCCGUCAUCCGGCGUCCACUCUAAUGGCUUCUCGCUCGUUCGUAAAAUCGUCUCCCUUUCUGGGCUCACCUACUCAAGCCUGUGCCCUUGGGAUAAAUCGCUCACCCUUGGACGCGCUUUGCUGGAACCAACCAGAAUAUACAUCAAGUCCCUACUCCCGGCUCUUCAAGCAAACCUCAUCAAAGGCAUGUCUCACAUCACUGGCGGUGGAUUCAUCGAGAACAUUCCAAGAGUGCUGCCUAAAAGUUUGGGGUGCUACAUCGAUGCAGCAUCCUGGGAGCUGCCACCAGUGUUCAAAUUUCUCAUAAAAUACGGAGGAGUCGAGCCGCUAGAAAUGGCCCGUACCUUCAACAAUGGGAUAGGCAUGGUGUUGAUAGUAGAUGCGAGUCUGGUUGACAAGACCAUUGGUGCUUUGCACGACGCGGGUGAACUGAAUGUUCACAAGAUAGGGGAAGUGACAACUAGAACUGGUGUCGAAAUGAGAAGUUUGGGCUCUUGGUUGUCUUAA